UUCCUCAUGGGGGCCCAGUGUGCAAUAGCUGCAGACAGCAGCUUCCUUGGUAGUGUAUGCAGCCUGUUUCUUGUAUGGGUUGCUCCAAGGGACCUUGGAGACAGGCCUUUCAGAUGGAUGUUCAUGUCUCUGACCUUGCACUACUCUCAGUGCAGGCUCCAAAUAGGUAUUCGAGGUGCCUUUGGAAAGCCCCAGGGUGCCGUGGCCAAGUCAUCAUGCCCAUCCGCACCAAACUGCAGAACAAGGAGCAUGCGACUGAGGCCCUAUGCAGGGCCAAGUUCAAGUUCCCUGGCCACCAGAAUAUCCACUUCUCAAAGAAGUGGGACUUUACCAAGUUCAAUGUGGAUGAAUUUGAAGACAUGAUGGCUGAGAAGCAGCUUAUCUCAGAUAGCUGUGGGGUCAAGUACACCCCCAAUCCUGAUCCUCUGGACAAACGGUGGGCCCUGCACUCAUGACGGCUUCUACUGUGCUGCCCUCUCCUAAUGCCCACCAAUAAAUCCUACUUCCUAUCCACCUUAAAAACAAAUGAUAAAGGGUAGUCACCUCUUGGGAAUGAGAAUAGGGCUGGUGUGGAAGUGAGUUUUUACUUCUCACUUGACAUAUUCCAUGUUUGAAAACCUGUUCUAAAGUGGGUAUCAUUUUUAUAACAAUUAAAUUUCAAAAACUAUUUCACUGUGUGCCUAAUCUGUGCAAGGGGAGAAUGCAGAGGAGGGAGGCAUUAGAGCCACAUGCAAGGAACACCAGAGUCCCAGUGUGUUGGACUGCAGAAAGCCAUUACUUAUCAUGUUUGGCUAAUAAAUACUGUAUGAAGAUUACUUGUGAUUUGUAAUCUCUUAAUUACAGAUACACACAAAAGACCAGUCAUGAAUCACCCCAAAUUGGAAGCAAGCAAGGUGUCCUUCA